GUGCCGCCUGCCGGUGCCGGGGACUGGUGGUGAGUAUCCGCAGCAGCGGCGCGUCAGGACGGGCCCGUGAACCCGGAGACGGUACACACUGAGGCGAAAGCGAGACACAGGAUGGAGCAGAUGUCCGAGGAGGCGCUGAGGCUUAACUUGCUGAAGCGAGGUCUGGAGUCGCCCAACGAGCGAGAGGAAGCCUUGGCCAAGCGUCUCAAAAUGGAGGGUCACGAGGCCAUGGAGCGCCUGAAGAUGUUGGCGCUGCUAAAACGCAAAGAUCUGGCUGACCUGGCGGCCCUGGAGGUCGCCGGGCCGCUGGGAGACGGAAAGGGCCCCGGCGCCAGCGCGCUCCACCAUCAGAGCCUAAUGGGAGCCGCUUAUGAAGAGAAGCUAAAUGGAAGUCUGAGACUGGGAGGACACGGCGGCCACGUCGGUUCCAGUUCCAAGAACGGCAAGGAGAACAUCCUGGACGAGCCGGUGGACAUGAGCGCAGGACGGAGAUGUGACACAGACCACGAUAGACGAACUCCAUCUCCGGAUGUCAUCAUUCUGUCAGACAACGAGGCAUCUAGUCCCAGAGCAACACCUCGCCCCGAAGAGCGCCUGAACCAUGCCAACCUGGACAUGUUCAAGGGUAAGAGUGGAGAAGAGAGGCAGCAAAUGAUCAAAGCCCUGAGAGAGGAGCUGCGUUUGGAAGAAGCUCGCUUGGUUCUGCUCAAGAAGCUCCGGCAGAGUCAAAUGCAGAAGGAGAAUGUGGUGCAGAAGGUAUCGGUGGUCCAGAACGCGGCCUCUUCCGGGCAGCCUUCUUCCAUCCACGGUUCCCCCGGACUGGGGAAGCUCCCAGUAAGGCCAGGCAUGCACAACCCGGACCCCCAGAACCUCCGGACUGCACAGGGUCACACAGUUAUCAGGUCAGGAGCCAAUGCCAACCUGCCACCCAUGCUCAUGUCCCAGCGGGUUAUAGCUCCCAAUCCCGCCACAUUGCAAGGCCAACGGCUCUCCAAACCUGGAAUGGCUCGCUCCAGCAUGGGCAACGCUGUAAGCUACCAGCAGGCGAGCCAGCAGGUGGCAGCAUCCCAGCGAUCAGGCUCCAGCGCCAUGUACAUGAACCUGGCCCACAUGCAGGCGGCUGCGGCGGCGGGGGCCGGCGGCCUGGGCGGCGCCUCGGCCGUCAGCCCGUCCACUCUGUCCGGGUCGGCCAGCGGCGGGGUCAACUCCAUCGCCGACCAAGCCAGCAGCCAGGCCGCGGCGAAGCUCGCUCUGAGAAAGCAGCUGGAGAAAACACUGUUGGAGAUUCCCCCGCCCAAACCCCCUGCCCCGCUCCUCCACUUCCUGCCAUCGGCCGCUAACAGCGAGUUCAUCUACAUGGUGGGCCUGGAGGAGGUGGUACAGAGCGUCCUGGACAGUCAGGGUAAACUGCGAGGCACGCUUUCCCGUAUGGAGCCCUUCUUCUGUGCUCAGUGCAGAACCGAUUUCACGCCACAUUGGAAGCAGGAGAAGAGUGGGCGAAUCCUGUGUGAGCAGUGCAUGAUGUCCAAUCAGAAAAAAGCUCUCAAGGCAGAGCACACCAACAGGCUGAAGAAUGCCUUCGUCAAGGCCUUGCAGCAGGAGCAGGAGAUCGAGCAGAGGCUUCAACAGGCGGCCCUCUCGCCGAGCUCGGCCCCCAGCGGCCCCAACGCCUCCAAGACUGACUCCUUGAUCCGACAUCACGCUUUGCGCCAGGCUCCUCAACCUCAGGCAUCGAUGCAGAGAGGUCUAUCGAACUCUGCGCGGGGCGUCCUGUCUAACUUUGCCCAGGCUUCGCAGCUGUCGGUGGCCAGCAGCCUCAUGGGGAUGAGCGGCGCUAAGCACUGUGGCGGCAGCGGAGGCGGCAGCGGUAGCGGCGGCAGACUGCAGCACGAUAGCCGUCGCCAGAUCUACAACAUCCCAGGGUUAAAUAUCGCCUAUCUGAACCCAGCGGCCGUGGGCACCCAUAAGAGCUCCAGCUUAGCGGACCGGCAGAGAGAGUACCUGUUGGACAUGAUCCCGCCCCGAUCCAUAUCGCAGUCCAUCACCGGACAGAAAUGAGCCCCGUCUGAAGACGCGCCUAAUGUCCUACCCCACAUGAAGCACUCCGCGACCCCUCCGUCCCACCCGACCCAUCGCAUGCAGUGCCUGUCCAUGUGCCUACCUUAAACGGAUCUGUUCAAAACCCACCAAGUCACGCAAAGACCAUAAAAUGUCUCAAAUUGAAUUAGCAUAAUUCUAAUUCCCCUUAUACUCGCACUAUUUUAAAUGCAACUACUUUUUUUUUUUUUUUGCCUCUGUUACUAUUAUCCUUUUUAAAGUAUCGUUUUUUUGUUUCUCUGCUGUCAUUCCUUUACUAGAGGAAUUGACAGUUAAAUCAUUGUUGGGUCACUUUAGACUAUUUUUUUUUCUAAUUGCUCCUCUCGUAUAUAAAUUGGAGUAUUGCUAGUAACAGAAGAUCAACAGGGUGCGUUCUGGUUACUAUGCAACUUUGAGGCUUUUCCAGAAAAUGCUCUCUGGAAGUUACCGGUCCGGACAAUUUCUUCAAAAGAAGAGCCUGCUCUUUUUAAAAGAGCAUUACGUUAGGGGCACAUGACACUGAGGACAGAGCAUCCACCUUGUCGUCAUCUCAUCAAAGUAUUCAGAUCCCUCCCCCGUCAAUGCUAACGAACGAGGGUGCCGGCAUCUGGGAAAGAGAAUCCGACCCGAUCAAACAUUUUGCUCGUCGCUCAAUUCCACGGCCGUCUCCUACUCCGGAUAUACCCCCCCUCUUACUUCAUGGAUGUACACGGGACAAAUCAGGACUCCACUCACUCCAGAGGAGGAGGAGAGGGCCGAUCCGGGCAACUCAUCGACAAACUCAUCCAGGAUUCAGAAGAAGGUCGAACAAAGCGGAUGCGAUGACCCUCCCGUUUCCAUCUUCCCGAUCCCAUCCCCCCUUAACUACCUUUGGUUAUGCACAGACUGGACCCUUUCUACCCAGCAACUCUUCUUUCACGUCACAUGUUCUAUCAAUGUGAAAAGGACUCCACUCUUGAAAGUGGAAGCACAUUUUGUGCACCCAAACCAGAGUCUGUACUUACAAAUCUUCAAUUCUGGUUCAUUUAGUCGUUCCGUUUGGGAUUAUAUUUUCGGAUUCUUAACCUCCGAAACCUCCCCGCCCCGUUUCCCCCUUUUUUUGGUUCUUUUUUUGCGGCGUCUCCUCUUGAAACGUUGGCGAGCCUGAGAGGUAUCGGCCUUCGGGAGACGAUAAUAAUCAAGAAAGCUGAAAACGAAAAAAAAAAAAAUAUCUGUAAGGAUUAUGUAUAGAUACCUAGCGUCAGAGGGAGAAAACAAAGGAUGUGGAUUAUAUCUUUUAUGGGAGAGACAUGGAUCAAUCAUUGUGUGCAUGUCGUGCGCACAAGUUGCCUCACUCCAGAGGAGCACUUUGCAUAUUUCCAAUUGGAAAAAAAACGUGUUUUUUUACAAAAUAGAAAAGAAAAAAGAGGAAAAGAAUGUUACAAUUAAGAGUCUCUUAAGGUCUGGAAGCUGGCUUAGGGCCUAUCAGAGAGUCACAGGUUUUAUGGUUUACUUUUACUGUUCUUCGGUGUUGUCGUUCUCGGAAUGUCGGACCUCAAGUCGCAUGUCGCUUCUCCCCGUUGAGCCUACCAGGAAGCUAAGUUAGAAGCAUGAGCACACUCGCCCAAAUUUCUCCGACAGAUUCCAAUCCUGGACCACGGCGUAUCCGGAAUAGGAAUUGAUUAGAAAUCUGAUGAAAAGCCAAAAAGCUCAGUAGGGCCAAGAACCAAAAGUGGUUUUUGCCAUGUGGCAAGAUUGAUUUUGCCAUGUGGCAUUUUUUUUUUACAUGUGGCAAAAUGGAUUUUGCACAUUUUUUGCAAUGUGGCAAAAUUGAUUUUGCCAUAAGGUAUUUUGUUGCCAUGUGGCAAAAUUGAGUUUGCCAUGUGGCUUUUUUUUUUGCCAUGUGGCAAAAUGGAGUUUGCCUUGUGGCUUUUUUUUUUUUUUUUUUUUUUUUUUUUUUUUUUUUUUUGCCAUGUGGCAAAAUGGAGUUUGCCUUGUGGCAAAACGGAGUUUGCCAUGUGGCUUUUUUUUGCCAUGUGGCAAAACUGAUUUUUUCAUGUGGCAUAUUUUUUUGGUAUGUGGCAAAAGGAUUUUGACAUGUGGCAUUUUUUUGCCAUUUGGCAAAAUUGAUUUUGCCAUGUGGCAUAUUUUUUGCCACGUGGCAAAAUUGAUUUUGCUAUGUGGAAUAUUUUUUUGCUAUGUGGCAAAAUGUAUUUUGCCAUGUGGCAUUUUUUUGCAAAGUGCAAAAUGCAUUUUAACAUGUGGCAUUUUUUUGCAAUGUGCAAAAUGCAUUUUAACAUGUGGCAUUUUUUUUUUUUUUUUUGAUAUGUGGCAAAAUGGAUUUUGGUUUGUGGCAUUUUUUGUACAUUGUACACAAUUACAGCUACACAUGUUUUUCUGCCAUUUAAUAUGAAUGGAAAAUUUGAACGUGCAUAGCCGUCAAUGGCUUGGAUGUGCAUGGCCUGCAAAACUGCCAUACACCCCCAAAAAAAUGCCACAUACCAAAAAAAUGCCACAAACCAAAAUCCAUUUUGCCACAUGGCAAAAUAAUGCCACAUGGCAAAAUCCACUUUGCCACAUGUCAAAAAAUUGCCACAUGGCAAAAUCAAUAUUGCCACAUGUCUAAAAAAUGCCACAUGGCAAAAUCCAUUUUGCCACGUGUCAUAAAAAUGCCACAUGGAAAAAUCCAUUUUGCCACAUGACAAAGAAAAAAUGCCACAUUGCAAAAUCCAUUUUGCCACAUCGCAAAAAAAAAAAAAAAAAAAAAAAGCCACAUGGCAAAAUCCAUUUUGCCACAUGGCAAAUACCAAUUUUCGUUCUCGCUGUCUCUCCAAAAGCUCGAGUUUAGCUCGCGCGAAUCCACACGUUCUCUUGGAGGCUAACUUGACUUUGCGUGACUGAGCUUGCUAAAAGCAGUCACUUUGCCGUGUCAAAGUUACACAGUGGUUUAUAUCGAUAUCUCAACUCUGACCGAAAACUUCAAAUGACCUGAUCUUACCAGUCGAAUUCUUGAGUUGUUAGCAUGCCAUGCAUACCUGGCCAUGUGAAAUGAGUGGGUCAAUUUCAGGAACAAAUGCGACACCCAAUUUGAGGUUUUAGUUUUUUUGUUUUUUUUUUUACUUUAAUAUUGAUUUUUACAUGUUCAAACCCACCUCCAUGUACUGCCGUACCAUUAAGCUGUACCGCACACAAAUUUCAUGCUAUUGUUUCCUUGUUUUCAAACAAGCAGUCAUUUAUAGGUAAUGCUUAAAAUUUUUCAGUCGCCUGACAUCGAUUUUUCCAGUCCCAGGCUCCUCAAAACGAUAUAACCUAUUAAGAUUGAAUUGCCGUGAAUUUUAGCCUGUAAACAACAAGCAAAGUUUGACACCCCUGGUCUAAGAUUAUAAGGGUGAGAACUAGGGCAUCUAUCUCUGGAAGGCUACACCAAUUGGCACAACGUUUGGCGGCUUCCCCGAGGCGACGCAUGCUGAAAGCACACACCUGUCAUGCACGAUAAUUACUUGUGUUUCAAAUAUUCAAACUCUUCAUACCUCAAUUAUUGUUGUUUUAUGAUCCCCUAAGGCCAACAGCAAGUACUAAUAUACUGUAUAGAGCAUAUUUGAAUGUGUUUUGCACAUUGUUGGUUACCUACACAUUUCAGGCUUGGGGAGUUGCUCAGAAUCUGUUAUGUUGGAGUAUUAUUCAAAAAACGUGUACUAAGAAGGAAUAGCAAGAACCUUGUGGUACAGUAGCAUUGCAUUCAGUGUUCAGACAACGAGCAGUAUUAUUCUUGGGAUACAAGUGAUCCAAAGCUAAUGUUCAGCCACAAAAAUUGUAUUGAUAUUAGACAACAGCCUAUUCAUAUAGCCGACUAAAAGAGACAACUUUUAACCUAGUUUUACUUCAGGCGAGAGCCGAUGUGGCAAGUGAGCGUGAAAGAGGUGUGGCCUUCUUUCUGAGAACAUAGCCAGGCUUAGUUCCAUCAAUUGCUUUAGUUUUACUUUUACUUGGGUACGCACAUUUUAAGUAUUUUUCAGGGCACAAAAGUAACACCCUUCCCAUAGCACUUUUUGCUAACCCAACACCGGACAUGCUUCACUCUGUGACGAUGCGCGCUUUUGUGGAGAACGGAGGGCUAAGCUAGCGCCAAGAACAGCGAAUAGCAACUGCCGGUUGCCCUUCAUUGAUUUGUUACUGUUCAGGUUGUCGUUAUUGUGUCACACUGACGUAGCAUCCGUUGCGGCGAGCUAAAUUGAACUAAUCCACUGAUAAGAAAUUAAGUUUGUUUUUUUAAACAAGUACAGUGGUACCUCUACUUAAAAAAUGUAUUGGUUCUGGAAAUAGUUUCGUAACUUGAAAAUUCUGUAAGUAAAAAUGUAUAAAAAUAUUUUUGGCUACUCUACCCACCUCUGGUCGAAUGAAAUCAAAUUUGCAAAACAAGCUUUAUGAUAAAUUCUCAUCCUACUACCUGCUGGAGACCAGUGCAGCAUGUACUGUACGCUUUCUCUGGCGCAAAACAAGCUACAAUAGACCUGAAGUAUGCUAAUGGCAAAUGGAUUUUAUUUUUCAAUUCAAUUGUCAAACUCAUAACCGGUUUAUGGCUUUGCGUUUACACUCUUUUGUUUGUGUUCAAGUCACAUCACAGUUCAGAACCAACAAGAUUGUUUUGUAAGCUAACCUAGACAAAUCUCAUUCAUCAAAUAAUUUUGUUCCGUGAACUCGCCAGUCACACCUGAGUAAACAAACCACAAAGUGUGUCAUUAUCAUAUAAGAGUUCAUUUGAACGCAACCAAACCCGUCAAAGGUGAACACACCCUUAAGUGCUUGUUGGCAUCCACUCGGGGAACAAAACACAGACUACGUGCUAUCUUCAAAUGUGAGCUAACUACCCAUGCUCAGAAGUAAUGUCGAUUUGUGUACAACAAAGUUUUAGCACUUGCAUACCAUACAUGAUUAGCAUUUAAUGACUGCAUCAUUUUGCUUGUAUCCAUUAGUAAGUCAUUAAAACAUGCAGUCAAACUAAACUUUAAUGGUUUUUUUUUUUCUAAUGAAUUGGAGAAAUAGAAACAGCAGCACUUAGUUUUGCUAAGCGUCACAAUCACGAAGCCCCCUUUUGUAGCAGUGUAGCUUAGCUAAAUAAAGCACUAGUUUCAAACCGUUGUUCUAAAAUUUCUUGUUUAAAAAAAACCACAGCACUUUGUUAAUGAGCGUAUGCAGUCACCUUUUAUUUGAGCUAGCCACGUGCUAGCAGGUUUAGCCAAGCUAAAUGACACUUUCAAAUGAUUAUUGUGGUGAAUGAAAUGAAGCUAAAUUGGAAGAAUAUAAUCCACAGCACUUAGUUUUGAUGUGUAUGCUUCACUCCAAAGUCUCAUAGCUAGCUUUGAUUUUAACAAGCAACCCGCAGGUAAUUGUUAGCGCGUACUCCAAUAUAGUGUCGAAUGCUUUGUUUACAUUUUAUCACUCGAAUGUUGGUCCAGUUUGAUACGUUUGUGUUGCGUUAACAAAAGUGUGAUUUACAGCACCAGUCUCGGUCAUAACAGUGUUUACUCAUGACUUUUUAAAAUGACGCAUCAGUUAACUGAUGAUGUUUGAAUAUUUUAUAUUUAUUUUACAUAACACCAAUACCACGGAAAAUAUUUUUUUAUUUCAUCUAUGAGGAUAUCAUUUUUACAAUUGCUGUACAUUUUAAAGGUGCUAUGAAAUGAUGAGUUAGCUGUAUGUCAAAAAAUGAAAAUGACUGCACUAUUAUCAUUUUACAUGUGGAAAACUAAUUUAGCACUUAAAUGUUUUACCAUUUCAUAGAUAUUCCACCCAAAACAAUGCAUCAAGGAAGGCUCACUUCUUAUUUUUUUAAGCAAUUCUGGUUGUGACACAUACUGUGGCUUUCUAGUGCUGCUAUAGCUAGCACAUGUUGACAGAAUAACAGAACGGUCACACGGCAACAAGAGAAUAGCGCCCCUAUGGCUAGCACGCUAGCAGGUCAUUCUGGGAGUUGACAUCUUCCGUUAAAAGAUUUUUUUGGGUGGGGAGGGCCAACAAAUAAAGACUAUUUAUGAUCUAAUUUCAUUAUUAAAUACACUAGAACUACCAAGGGUGGAUCAGUUGAUACAAAUCCCUUUUAGAUCCAGAGAAAGGUCAUCUGACCCUAAUCAGCAUAUCUUUUGUGAUCAUUGAGGACCUUAUUAGUCAUUCCCAUUCAUACUUGCAAAACGACAGGGUUGGAUUCCUCUAAUUAGCAUCUUGAAUGUUUGCAGGGCAGGGCUGCCUCUGCUUUGUCGGACAGUAGACUGCUCAGGCAGGCAAUCGGGCGGACAACCUUUUUACAUAUUCCAAAAGCUGCAGUUUGCCUACACUGCUGGCCAAAAGUAUUGGCACCCAUGCAAUUCUGUCAGAUAAUGCUCAAUUCCUCCCAGAAAAUGAUUGCAAUUACAAAUGCUUUGCUAGUAAUAUCUUCAAUGGGAAAAAAAUUAUCAUUUUACUCAAAACUCAAAAAACGGGCUGGACAAAAGUAUUGGCACCCUCAGCCUAAUACUUGGUAGCACAGCCUUUAGACAAAAUUGCUGCGAACAACCGCUUCAGGUAUCCAUCAAUGAGUUUCGUACAAUGCUCUGCUGGAAUUUUAGACCAUUCUUCUUUGGCCAACUGCUCCAGGUCUCUGAGAUUUGAAAGGGUGCCAUUUUCAGAUCUCUCCACAGGUGUUCUAUGGGAUUCAGGUCUGUUCACUUGAGAAGUCUCCAGUGCUUUCUCUCAAACCAUUUUCUAGUCAUUCUUGAAGUGUGUUUUGGGCCAUUGUCCUGCUGGAAGACCCAUGACCUCUGAGGGUGACCCAGCUUUCUCACACUGGGCCCUGCUGCAAAAUUUGUUGGUAGUCUUCAUAAUGCCAUGCACACGGUCAAGCGGCCUAGUGGCAGAGGAAGCAAAGCCACCCCAAAACAUAAGGGAACCUCCGCCAUGUUUGACUGUGGGGACCGUGUUCUUUUCUUUGAAGGCCUUGUUUUUUUGUCCUGUUGAUGCUUUUUCCCAAAAACUCAUGACCAGAGAACAUUUUUCCAAAAUGUUUCUGGCUUUCUCAGGUGAAUUUUGGCAAACUCCAACUUUUGUAUGUCUCACGGUCAGAAGUGGGGUCUUCCUGGGUAUCCAACCAUAGAGUCCCUAUUAAUUCUGAUGCCAACGGAUAUGACGGGUUGACACUGUAGUAUCCUUGGACUGCGGGACAGCUUGAACUUGUUUGGAUGUUAGUCGAGAUUCUUUAUCCACCACCCACAUAAUUUUCUCGUCAAUUUUUCUUUUCCGUCCACCUUUAGGGAGGUUAGCCACAGUGCCGUGGGCUUUAUACUUAUUGAUGACACUGCGCACGGUAGACACAGGAACAUUCAGGUCUUUGGAGAUGGACGUGUAGCCUUGAGAUUGCCCAUGCUUCCUCACAAUUUUGCUUCUCAAGUCCUCAGACAGUUCUUUCUUUUCCCCAUGUUCAAUGUGGCACACACAAGGACAGAGGUUGAGUCAACUUGAAUCCAUAUUAACUGGCUGCAAGUGUGAUUUAGUUAUUGCCACCACCUGUUAUAUGCCAAAGGUAAGUAACAGGUGCUGUUAAUUACACAAAUUAGAGAAGCAUCACGUGAUUUUUCAUAGGGUGCCAAUACUUUUGUUUGGAGUUUUUUGUAAACUGAUAAUGAUUUUUUUUUCCCAUUGCAAGCAAAAUAAAUGAAGAUAUUACUACCAAAGCCAAUUCCAAGACCCACCAAGAAGUCCACCCAUCUCUCUUAUAUUCAACAUACUAGUUGCAGCUAUCCAAAGUGAAACCCUCACCCUUCAUACCUAGGCAGUGACUCCACAGGAGUGUGUUGGGGCGUUGUCUGCUGGAUUGCAUGUUUGAGUGCUCGAUUGUUUGACAAAGCCAAGUAGUCAGUUUGGUAUCGGGUUCAUUUGACGCCUUUCUGGUCUUUCUUUAUAGCCAAAAAAAACCCCGGACUUCCAGUGUUUAGACUUUUCUGUGUCCAAAAUGUGAUCUGCUAUCAUUUUAAAUUGAUUUUCUGUAGUAUUUCAUAGCACCUUUAAAGACACUCAACCCAUCCACACAUUUACAUUGGUCUCCAUGCAUCAUUAUGGCCGCCAGUUGUUUGAAUUUCUCCAGUCCAAUUGUAACAAGAGGGUGAUAAUGAUGCUUGAACAAUCCACGCCGUGACUGGGUCACUGCAUUCGAUGGUCUUAGACUCUGAAACUACCUAAAAGAAGCAAUGUAAACUAAAGUUUACAUAUGAACGGGAAAAAAAACUGUAUUUAGUCAGGAAAAAAUAAGGUUUUCCCAGAUAUAGUUUCAUCAUUAUUUUUUUUAUGUCACUUUUGAGCUCUGCUCGCUAUUUGGUUUUGAAAUGAUUCCCACGCAAGCUCCUGUCUCUCUCCGGCUUUCUCUUUCUUGGCAUCCACACCUUUGGAUUUUGACUGCAGAUUAUUUUGAAUGUCAUUUUUUUUCCCCCCUCCGAAAGCGACUGAAUUCCUCUUCCGAGUUCUCUUUACUUUCUAUCGCAGUUUAAAAAAAAAAUAAAAAUAAACAAAUGUAAUGACUAUGAGAUAAAUGACACGAUAUUUGCUAGGUUUGAAGUAAUAAUGACUUAUUGUACAUAAGCAUUUUCCUCCCUUGUACUGAAAAAAAAUUAAAUGGUUGUAUAUUGUGUAGAAAAGCAAACAAAAAGCCAUGAAUAUUGUGAAGCUUGUCAUUUCGUUUUGUGAUCACUGUGUAUUAUUGUGUAACAAAUGUGCAAAAUGUUUGGGAUUCUUUUGUUUAUUUCCCCCCCAAAUUUUUCCUCUGCUCCUCGGACUUCCCGGAUGACUCUUUUUUUUUUUUUUUUUCAUCCGGUUAGCAGGAAAGUGCUCAAAGGUUAACAGCUUUAUUUCUAUACUUGAAAUAAGUUGCUUUCACCCUAAAUUGUUUUGCCGACGGGUCAUUUCAGAACACCCAUUUAUGAAUUUUCACUAUCGUUGAGCACUCCUGCAUGCGCGUGUGUGUGUAUUCGGGCUGAUUUUGUUUAAUUUCAUUCCGAAACAUGAUGCAAUAACAUUGAAAUUGGUACUACUAUGUCAUAUAUCUAAAAAAGACACCAAUUCCAAGUGCAUUACAACGCUGUAGAGAGCGUAAGAUGUAAGACAGCAGGGCCGAGGACAAAAAGUGGUAUUUGCCAUGCAGCAAAAUUGAUUUUGGCAUGUGGCAUUUUUUUGCCAUUUGACUAAAUGGAUUUUGCCUUGUUGCAUAAUUCUUUUUGCCAUGUGGAAAAAUUCAUUUUGUCAUGUGGAAAAAUUCAUUUUGCCAUGUGGCAUUUUUUGCCAUGUGGCAAAAUUCAUUUUCCCAUGUGGAAAAAUUUCAUUUUGCCACGUGGCAUUUUUAGCCAUGUGGAAAAAUUCAUUUUGCCAUGUGGCAUUUUUUUCCCAUGUUGCAAAAUGGAUUUUGCCAAGUGGCAUCUUUUUUGCCAUGUGACAAAAUGUAUUUUGCAUGGCAUUUUUUGCCAUGUGGCAAAAUGGAUUUUGCCAUGUGGCAAAAUGGAUUUUGCCAUGUGGAAAAAAAUCAUUUUGCCAUGUGGCAAAAUUCAUUUUGCCAUGUGGAAAAAAAUUCAUUUUGCCAUGUGAAAAAAAUAAUUUUGCCAUGUGGCAUUUUUUCUUCCAUGUGGCAAAAUUGAUUUUGCCAUGUGGCUUUUUUUGUUGUUGUUUUUGCCAUUUGCCACAUGUCAAUUUUUUUUUUGUUUUGUUUUAGCCAUUUGGCAUUUUUUUCUAUGUGGCAAAAUGUAUUUUAACGUGGCAUAUUUUUAGGUAUGUGGCGAAGUGGAUGCGUUGUAAUGUAAAGUGUGUGGUCAAAAAUCACAACCACACGUUUUCUGCUAUUCAAAAUGAAUGGAAAAUUUGGACGUGCACAGCCGUCAAUGGCACAACCUGACUUGGGUGCUAGUUGAAUGUCAAUGCGCUGUAAUGGUAAGUGUAUGGUCAGAAAUCUCAGCCACACAUGUUUUUCUGCCAUUUAAUAUGAAUGGAAAAUUCGGACGUGCAUAGCCAUCAAUGGCAUGGUUGUGCAUGGCCUGCAAAAAUGCCAUAUACCCCCCAAAAAUGCCAUACACCAAUAAAAAUAUGUAAGAAAACAAAAUCCAUUUUGCCACAUAGUUAAAAAAUGCCACCUGGCAAAAUCCAUUUUCCCACAUGGCCCCAAAAAAUGCCACAUGGCAAAAUCCAUUUUGCCGUAUGGCAAAAAAUUCCACAUGGCAUAAUCCAUUUUGCAACAUGGCAAAAAAUUCCACAUUGCAAAAUUCAUUUGCCAAAUGGCAAAAAAAAUGCAACAUGGCGAAAUCCAUUUAUGCCACUUGGCGAAAAAAAUACCACAUGGCGAAAACCAUUUUGCCACAUGGCAAAAAAAAAAAAUGCUUCAUGGCAAAAUCCAUUUUGUCACAUGGCAAAUACCACUUUUGGUUCUCGCUGUCUCGCUGAUCAGAUCGGGGACAUCCCUAAUAUGAAGUUAUGACUUGAAUUUUGCUGCCUGUUUUUUUUUUUUUUUUUUUUUUCCCUUUAAUGGCGACCAAAUUUCCUUCAAAGGGCAAAACCUUGUCGUGAACGUGCCAAGGCACCCUAAUAAGAGCCUGCGGGCGUUAAAUUGUGCUUCUAAAGCUUCAGAAAUAGCGUUCUGCAAGUUUGCGCCGUUGCCGACCGUGCAUUUACUUGCUGCUUCCAUCGGAACCAGUCUGAAAUUUUGGCUCGCAUUUUUCAUCCUGAUUGUAUUGCUGCAAAAUAUCCGGGGGAAGUCAGACAAUUACGACACCAAGCAGAGGUUCAUUUACGUCCUUUUUUUGUUUUUGUUUGUUUUUUUUUUGGUGGUUGUUUUGUUUGCUGACAUCAAUCCUGACCUUUUGCACAUACUUGAUAUUUAACGGUCUUCAAAAAACAAAAAAAGUCAAUGAAAAUAAAUGCUGUUUGAAUACUGCCAAUUGAUUGACAAUUAUGCAUCGAUUGAAAAAAAAUAAGCUAAUUUUGGAGGAAAUAACUUUGUAAUAUUUAUCUUGCAAGCUAUGUUUAAUAAAGGUUGAAACAA